AUGAGCAAAAAGGAACUCGAUUUCAUUAUUUUCCCGCUUGUUCAACCAAAUCCAGAAGAAACACCUAUAGACAAAACUAUCAUAUCUACAAUUUGCGAGCAAACUCUUGAAGACUACCCACCAGAAGAUCGAGCAUUAGCAUGGAUGGUAAUGUUGGGUUUAUAUCCGUCAAAUCCAAACAAAUGGGAAAGUGAAAAGCGUGAAAGUAUACAAAAUUACUGGCAAUUUGUUGAUGAAUUUGGUGUCAGAGAUUGGCAUACGAAGACUUUUGAUAAAGCACAUAAACAACAGCAAUUUGAUGUUCCAAAUAAGCCACUAAUGCAUCAAAUCUUCGUUGAUAUUCUGCGUACCGCGAGACAAAUUAUGUUUUUCCCUCCCGAAGAACCAAAUCCAAAUUCUCUUUUAACACCAGAUUUAGCACCAUUUGAGGGAUAUAUGCGCAGAAUUGAACGAGUUCUUUAUGUUUUUGCCAAUUUCAAUGUUGGGUUAAGUUACACACAGGGGUUUAAUGAGCUUGUAACUCCGAUGUAUUAUGUGUUGCUUAAGUCAACACAUCUAUUUAGAAACAACCAAGAUGAUAUUGAAGGUUUGGCUUUCACAAUGUUACAAUUACUCAUCACUUCGACACCAAUUCAUGAAAUGUAUACAACACAAGACAAGUCAUCCAUUAUUUUGCAUAAAUUAUCUGAAUUUACAGAUAUUUUGAAGCGCCAUAUCCCAACCGUCCAUAAUCAGCUCGAAGCACUUAAUAUUCAUCCAGCAACAUAUUGCUACAAAUGGUUUAAUUUGUUAUUUGCUCAAGAAUAUGAUAUGCCUUCAAUUUUGCCAAUUUGGGACUUAUUAUUUGCCCAUGUAGAUGAAAUUCUUGAAUAUGCAUUCUAUUUUGGAGUUGCACAAAUUAAGAUUGUUGAAGAUAGACUUAUUGGUGCAAAAUUCUCGGUUGCGCUUCAAGCUCUUCAAAAUCUUCAAAUCGGCGAUCCUGGAAAAUGCAUUAAGCUUGCACUAGAAUACUAUGAGAAGGACCACAAAGUUUCCUUCAAAGAAAAAUUCAAAUCAUUCUUCCGUUCCUCUGUAUAA